AUGACUACCAUAUCCUAUCUAUACCAAGCAAGAGAUAGGGUUCAAUUCCUAAAAGAAGCUGUUUUGUCUUUUGAAGCCAUGGUUGCCUUAAUGGAGCCGGAUAAUCUUGAAGGCAAUGAAUCUACAGAGAGGAUGUCUGUUACCAAUUGUAGCUAUGCGCGUCAAAUUGAAGAAGCCCAGAAUGCCAUCUCCCAACGUAGCAUGGAACGUAACAUUCCCUAUUAUGCAGUUCCUGAUGCCUUAGUGAUUUGGAAUAUUCGUAGAAUGCGCUUGGGUAGAGAUCCAAUCAGAAUCCAUGGCUGGAAAACCAAACACGAGCGCAGAUUACAAAUGAGCACUUUCAACAAUCAAGGCAAUUGA